CCUCUCUCUCUCUCUCUCUCUCUCUCACGAAAUUUCCCGUGCGAUUACCCCGUAUACGAGCUUGUCUUCGACUGCGACAUUGCGAUUCGACGACGGAAGACGACGGCAUGCUCGUUGUUCGAUCGCCGAAAUUUUCGAUGCCGCGCGUCAUCGUGGACGUGACAGCAGUGUUCGCGCUAUAGACUCGUUCAACGUUCAACGCUUUCUUUCAAGACAAAAGUGUGCAUUCUUCGAGGUUGAACGUGGUUAUUUUCCGCGAUGGGAAAGAAUAAAUAAGCGUGCAUUGUACAUCGACAUGAUCUCGUAGCUCUUGUUUAUGGUGGUAUUCGCGAGUGUGAUAUUUCCAAAUAACCUUGUGUUCGCGACGAACUGAAAAGGGAAAAAGAGAAUUACAGAGACCUCUUCUCGAUAAAACGCAUAAUCCCAGGAAUGUAAUACAGGUUUGAGAACACAGUGCAGAUAAGUUGCAAAGUAACGUGAAUUUUGCUCCUUCGAUUUGUUUAUCGUGGAUUUCUCGCUCAAUUUCGCAAGAAAUUCUGAAAUUUUUCGGUGCGGUACAUACUGACAAGAAAAAACUUUAGUUCAAAAAGAUUGCUUGUUAAUUUCUCGCAAUAAUGGAUUCGGAAGAGGAAACACUUUACGACGAUGUUGACUCUGGCAAUGAAUCAAGCGGCGAUGAUGUUGACUUUGCCAUGGAAAUAGAAUCUGGUAAUCCACGUGAACGAGCUACUGAUGUCGAUGAAUAUCCAUUUGAAGUACUUUCUACAGAAGAGAUUGUACAACACAUGGUUGAUUCCAUAAAAGAAGUUAACACUGUUGUUGAAAUACCAGCAACAACUACACGUAUUUUAUUAAAUCACUUUAAAUGGGAUAAAGAAAAAUUGAUGGAACGUUUUUAUGAUGGUGAUCAAGAAAAAUUAUUUGCUGAGGCACGUGUCAUUAAUCCAUUUAGAAAGGGUCCUUUAAUAAGUAGAAGUCGAUCCUCGCAAAGUUCUUUGUCCAAAAGAAUGACAAAUGGAACAGAGGAAUGUGGAAUCUGUUUUAUGAUCUUACCAUCUUCAAUGAUGACUGGUCUCGAAUGUGGGCAUCGUUUCUGUACUGGUUGCUGGGGAGAAUAUUUGACGACUAAAAUCAUGGAAGAAGGAGUUGGACAAACAAUUGCAUGUGCUGCUCAUGCUUGCGAUAUUUUAGUAGAUGAUGCCAGUGUUAUGCGGCUUGUCAAAGAUUCCAAAGUUAAAUUGAAGUAUCAACAUUUAAUCACCAAUAGCUUUGUCGAAUGUAAUAGGUUAUUGAGAUGGUGUCCGUCUCCUGAUUGUAAUAAUGCCGUUAAGGUACAGUAUGUAGAAGCAAGACCAGUUACUUGCAAAUGUGGACAUAUUUUCUGUUUUCACUGUGGUGAAAAUUGGCAUGAUCCUGUAAAGUGUCAUUUACUCCGAAAAUGGAUCAAAAAGUGCGACGACGAUUCCGAAACAUCAAACUGGAUUGCUGCUAAUACAAAGGAAUGCCCUAAAUGCAAUGUUACCAUCGAAAAAGACGGUGGAUGUAAUCACAUGGUUUGCAAAAAUCAAAAUUGUAAAACUGAAUUUUGUUGGGUGUGUCUUGGGCCAUGGGAACCACAUGGUUCUAGUUGGUAUAAUUGUAAUCGCUACGAUGAAGAGGAAGCUAAAGUAGCUAGAAAUGCACAAGAAAAAUCAAGAUCAGCUUUACAGAGAUAUUUAUUUUAUUGCAAUAGAUAUAUGAAUCAUAUGCAAUCACUAAAAUUUGAGAGUAAAUUGUAUGCCAGUGUGAAGGAGAAGAUGGAAGAAAUGCAACAGCAUAAUAUGUCAUGGAUUGAGGUACAAUUUCUGAAAAAAGCAGUCGACAUUUUGUGUUCCUGUAGGCAGACUCUCAUGUAUACUUAUGUAUUUGCUUAUUAUGUGAAAAAGAAUAAUCAGUCUGUGAUUUUUGAAGAUAACCAAAAGGAUUUAGAGAGUGCCACAGAAUGCCUCUCUGAAUAUCUUGAAAGGGAUAUCACAAGUGAAAAUCUUGCAGAUAUUAAACAAAAGGUUCAGGAUAAAUAUAGAUACUGCGAUAGUCGAAGAAAAGUGCUUUUAGAACAUGUCCAUGAAGGUUAUGAGAAGGAAUGGUGGGAUUACAAGGAAUAGAGGAUGUUUUUAGAGUUUCAUUUUUUGGGGUGUGACACAUAAGUUCUCUUCCUUCCCACCUCUGCCCCAGCUGUGAUAAACUAAGAAAGAAAGAGCUAACAAGAGACAGAAAUGGAGUAUGUCACAAAGUGAUAAACGUGUUAUAUGCACUUUAUACAUACUAUGCUCUGUGGUCACAUAUAAUAUCGUAUAUGAUAAAUAUUGAACUCAAACUAUUAAAAUUCAAUCCGAUCACCAAACAGAAUUGAUUGGACAAUAUCUUAAUUUGCGCUUGCUGUGUGUUGUACAUCAUUGUAGAUUCUUAAUCCUUGAUAAAAAUGCCCCAUUGUUUUAGAUAAUGGUAAGAAUAUUAGUUAUAUUCAUUAAGACAAACAACAUACGCAUCAUUAUUAGUCAAAUAUUAUUAUUAGCAUGAUUAGCAAUAUGUUAAAAUAACACUCAGCUAAAAAUUUAAUAUUUUAAUGUAUUUUACUGAUGUUAAUCGAUUGCAAUUUUUGAA